GGCAACGAGGCGCGAAGUUGGCCGCGCCACCGAGCUCUGCUUUCCGAACACCACUCCCUCUUCUCUCUCGCAGUCUCCCCUUCCAAAUUUAAACCGAAAUCUGUUGGUAAUCUCACCCUUGACUCCUUAAAUAAAGUUAUCGUCAUUCGUCCCCAGUCUUAAGCUUCAGAAUCACAUUCUUCCAUGGCGCACUCGUCUCAGGUUGCCUUUUUGACGCCUUUGAAUGAUAAUCUGGAGGAGGAGGAAGGAGGCUCAAUUCCCAAGAUACCCAUCAAUGAAGGCUCUAAUUGUGUUGGCCGUAGUUGUGUUCCGGUCAAUGAUAAGCGGCUCAGCCGGAAGCAUCUCACUGUCAAUGCCACUUCAGGAGGCUCUGCAGAGGUCCUUGUGGAAAGUACAAACCCAGUUGUUAUAAGAUCAAAGGGUGAAAGGAAGAAGCUUUUGUCUGGGGAAAGGUGGAAGAUUGAAAAUGGUGAUGUGGUAGAGUUGAUACCUGGACAUUACUAUUUUAGGUACAAUGCUCUUAGGAACGAAAACUCACCAAACAGCAGGAACAAGAGGCCAUUGAUUGAAGAAAGUAAUACUAGCAAUGGGCAGGCACACGGCAGGAAAAAAACUAGAGAAGUUUUGGGAGAGGCAUCCUUGGUAUGUUCAAAGAAUGAUGGCCAGGAAACAGAGAGCUCUGAAGAGGCGAUACGCCAUUUUGUUGUCCCUAAGGAUAAGUUACCCCAGACUUUCCGGUUGCUCAGAGUUCGUGAGCUGCCAGCAUGGGCAAACACAAAUGCUGUUUCCAUCCACGAUAUAAUUCAGGGGGAUGUGCUUGUGGCUAUUCUUUCCAAUUACAUGGUAGACAUUGAUUGGCUACUUUCUGCAUGUCCCGCACUGAAAAAGAUUCCCCAGGUUCUUGUUGUACACGGAGGUGAUGGUACUAUGGAGUAUAUGAAGAGAAACAAUCUUGUGAAUUGGAUUCUACACAAACCUGCUUUGCCCAUAUCAUAUGGGACUCACCAUUCAAAAGCCAUGUUUCUUGUAUACCCUAAAGGAGUCAGAAUUGUUGUACAUACCGCCAAUUUGAUACAUGUUGACUGGAAUAACAAAAGCCAAGGUUUGUGGGUGCAAGACUUCCCUUGGAAGGAUCAAAAGUGCCCAAGUAUGGAAUGCGGAUUUGAAAGAGACUUGAUUGACUAUCUUAGUAUGUUGAAGUGGCCUGAGUUCACUGCAAAUAUACCAGCACUUGGCAACUGCAACAUCAAUUCAUCAUUUUUCAAGAAAUUCGAUUAUAGCAGUGCAGGGGUCAGGCUAAUUGCCUCGGUCCCUGGUUAUCAUUCAGGUCCAAGUUUGAAAAAGUGGGGACAUAUGAAGUUACGAACUGUUCUUCAGGAGUGUACUUUCAGUAAAGAAUUUCAGAAGUCACCUCUUGUUUAUCAGUUCUCAUCCCUCGGUUCGUUAGAUGAGAAGUGGAUGACAGAAUUUGCAUCUUCAUUGUCGGCUGGAAAGUCAGAUGAUAAUAAGCCCCUUGGCAUUGGGGAGCAAAUGAUAGUAUGGCCUACCGUAGAAGAUGUCAGGUGUUCUUUGGAGGGAUAUGCUGCUGGAAGUUGCAUUCCGAGCCCCUUAAAGAAUGUGGAGAAAGAAUUUCUGAAAAAGUACUGGGCAAAGUGGAAAGCAAGCCACACUGGACGCGGUCGUGCAAUGCCUCAUAUAAAGACGUUUGUACGUUACAGUGGUCAAAACCUAGCGUGGAUGUUGCUUACUUCUGCAAACCUCAGCAAAGCUGCUUGGGGAGCUCUUCAAAAAAAUAAUUCCCAGUUGAUGAUUCGUUCAUACGAGCUUGGGGUGUUGUUUUUGCCGUCUGUCAAAUGUGGGAGUGGAUUUUCUUGUACCGAUAACAGUAAUUACUCCGAGGUUAAAUCCGCACCACAUGAAGAGAAGAAGGCAAAGCUUGUGACUUUGGCAUGGAGAGGAAAGAGCGAUACAGAGUCAGCUGAAGUGAUUAAAUUGCCAUUACCCUAUGAGCUUCCUCCAAGACCCUACUCCCCCGAAGAUGUCCCCUGGUCAUGGGAUCGCCGUUAUACCAAGAAAGAUGUUUAUGGCAAAGUUUGGCCUAGAUAAGUACAGCUCUACAUUAGUCAAGGUUGAUUAAUGAUGUUCUUUGUGAUCAUUUAGGUGAAAUGAACACGUUUGAUCCUCAUUGAUCUUUGUAUAUACCUGAAAUGAUUCAGACAUUUUUAUUUUCAACUUCCCAGAUUUGAUAUGCAGUUAAUUCAUGACUUCAUGUUAGAGAUUC